AUGCACUCAAUUUUUCUAAGAAUUGUAUGUGCAAGCACAACCCCCAUGUUUCGCUACGAAGAAAGUGCUAGAUGCCCUGUCCACCAAAACAACGAACCCAAAACACCUGACUGCACGCCACGACAACAUCGAAAUGUUGCCACCCAAUGUCAGGGAGGCGUUGCAAUGGGAGAAAGAAUACCCUUGAACCCAUUUACCUCAGUUGCUUCUUACUUUUUGCUGCACCUCUUCGAACGCAAAUCAGCAACGACCUGCAGUCAUGGUAUUUCAUUCAGGUCUGUAGCAUUUAGAUCAUUGUCGUGUCUUGGUAACCAUCAUGAUGUACAGCCCCGGAGAUGUCAGCCAACAACACCAGCGUCCAUUGGAAACCUGCUAUUCCUGAUCCUUCUUCCUUGGACUUCAGUUUGGAAUAUUGAGGGUCUAACCAAUCAGAAGCAUUUUAACUCAUCUCAUCAAUCAGCUUAUGUUCUAGCUCAGAGCGCCCAACCUUUUCAUGUCACUGAUCAGUGGACAUACGACGUUUGA